UGUGCUCUUCAGUUGCCAAACAGCCGCCGUUGCCGACGCAGUGGUCGCAGAGUCGUUCGGCGAACCAAGUUCGUUUCCUCAGUCUUUCGAAUUUCACUUUUAACCGUUUGCAAGCGCGCCAAGUUGAAGCGUACGCGUACCGUUAGCGCGGCACGUUACGAAGUGAGUGACCCACACACAUAUCGACCAUUCUCACGUCCGUCAACUCUGACUCUGACUGUGACUUGACCUGGUGCUGGUGGCCAAACCGUUGUACAAUUAAAUAACAAUCAAAUUAUAAUUGCAUGCGAGCACAUUUCGCUUUUGCGAUGCGACAAAAAACACGCAGGCAAACGAGUUCUCCGCUCUUUAUUUAAUUUGUGCGCGCAGUAAAAGUGCCAAGAACCACUAGGUGCUAGUGGUGCUGGUGGUGGUGGCGCUGAUUUUGUUGUGUGUGGCUUUACGUGCCCCAUUAAAGUCGUCGUCGUUCGGGCGACGCAAUUUGCAUGAGCGACAGCUUCGAAUCUUUUCAACAAUUCGUACUACGCUGAGUGACUCAACGCUGAACAAUUUGGUGGAACGCGUGUGUGAGUGCGUCGCUGAGAAAACAUUUCUUGCUUGACUGAUAAUUUCUACGAGCGGCGCUUAUUGUUCAUUUAGUUUUUGGUAUUUCUCGUGCCUGUUGUAACUGCUUGGGAUGGAUGGCUGGCUGGAUGGAUCGCUUGCAAUAACAAUCAUAAUGCGAAGUGAAAGCACCAACCUAGCAUGACACCGCUCAAUUGGGCCGCUGCUUAACGCUUUCAUUCAACCCACAAGAGGUCCGGACUCGAAACCCAUUCGAACAUAAACCAAGAACUAGAACACAUCGCAUCGCAUCGUAUCGCAUCGCACCACUGGCCUCCUCCUUUGAAAAAGGGGAACCAAGGCCACCCUCCCGCUAGCCAGCAUAAUUUCUCUCGAAUAACCGCAUUCACACAUUUGCUCCACCACAACCGCAACAACCGAAUAACACGAAUAAUGAAUUAUCAGAAGGCCAGUGAAAAGCAGUCGCCGUCCUCAUUGAAGAAGCGGCCGCCGGGCAACGGCAAUAGCAUACAAAACUUUUGGAACGAUCGCAUUAUGGAGCGCUUCAUAAAGGCGAAUCUAUUCAUUAUCUGCUGCGUGGUGGCGGUUCUAUUGCUGAUCGUCUAUCUGGGUGCCUUCUCGUGUGAGGUCUCUUGGAUACUGGAGGCCCACGGCGAGCUGCCCUUCGCCGCCUACACGCUCUGCUCGCUCUACUUCGUCAUGUUCGUGGCCACCACGAUCCUCAUCCACGGCCUGGUCAGCGGACUCUGCUGGCCUUUGUUCGCCUGGUCGGGCAUCAUCGGUCUCCUCUCGAUUCCCGAGCUGGUCUUUGUCAUGAUCAUGACCACACAGCACUGGGGUCUGCAAUCUGUGCAUGGAUUGACGGAGCUCACCUCCUAUCUGAUUCGCCUCAUCAUCAACUGCUUCGCGCUGAUCUGUGUGAUUCCCACGGGCAUCAGGUGGCGACGGGAGACUCAGGUGUUGAGUCAGCUGCAAGGAUUGGCCACCAGACUUUCCCUGCAGACACCAGCGCCCAGCGUGCCCAUGACCAAGGCGGACUCCCGGCGAUCCAGCCAGCGGCUGAGUGGAUUCGAGAAUGCCGGCUACCAGCUGUGCGAUGAAACAGCUUCCAAGUUGCCACUGGGACCAGGAAUGGGACUGGGCAUGAACAACCAGUGUGGAGGCAGUCAAGCAUUUGGCUCUCAGAACGAAUUCAACGCCAGCAUGUUUGCACCCGCAUUGGCGCAGCAGUUCAACAAUGCUACGCUGAUGCAGCGCGCCGGAACUGGCGGAGCAGGUGGUGGUCAUCGCGCCCAGUCGCUGAUGGAUCUACGCUGCACUCUGCCCGGCAUGUACAAUCCACGACAUGUGCUCGAUACGGAGGACAAAAACGCCAAGUACUUCAACAUCACCAUCGAUGAUUUGAAGAACAAUCUGCACGACUCGCACCGACCAUCGCCGCCUUCGCUGAUCGGUUCCACCAGCAACGAUCCCAUCUACUGCUCCAUUGAGCCCAAGCAGUUGACACCGCCGCCGGCACAGCAGAGGAGCCACCAUCGUCCACGCGGCACACACAAGCAACCACCACCGGGUAAACUGUCCCGAAAUUGCGUCUCCCUGGAAAACCUCGACGGGAUCAGCAAGGUGCAGAACGAUCUGACCGCCUACGGCAACAAUCUCCUCCAGAACUACACGCAGCAGCAGCAGUACUACCUGGCCAUGCUGCUGCACCAGCAACAGCAGCAGCAGCUGCACCACCAGCAGGCAGGCGGCAUUUACCGCAGGCCAUCCAAUUGCAGCUCCACUGGCGGAUUCGCCGGCACCGUGCUGGCCCAGCCGAUGCAGCGACGCGGCUCCACGCACAGCCAGCAGAUGCAGUAUUACGGGGGCUUCGGCUAUGCCAACUACGCCAAUCCGUACAUCACGGCCAACAGCAAGUUGUCGCUGGGCAACGAGUCCGACGACUACCGGAAGUACCGCGAUGUGGCUCUUUGAGUCCGUUUUUGGUUCCGGAAUCCGGAUCCCAAUCGAUCAUCAGUCAGCGUUUAGGCUUAACUCACUAGUUGUAGGACAUGCUCGAUCUAGAAUGAGAUUCCUCGGAAUAACGACCAAAGACCCACAAACUAACUCAGUUUCAGUUCGUAGACUAACGUUACACUGCGAGAAUCGUAUAGCGCGUUUAUGCGCAAGUCAAUUUGUAGCUAAAAUGGGUCUGCAUACAGUUGUUAUUUGCUUUACUGAAUAACACGACCUAUUUGCAAAUAAAAGUGUACUAAAUUAGAGACUUCAUGGGGAUAUAAUUUUAUAUGCAAAUAAAAGCAUAGCAAUAGUAAAUAUCACGAAAUAUCAGACAUACUCACAAAUAUAAAUAGAUAUUUCUAAAACAAACAAAUAUCGAAAAGCAUAGACCCAUUAAGAGAGGCACUGCUUGAACAUUCCCCAAGUCUAGUUCUAAGAAUCGACCACAAAUGAACAUUGACAUUCAUUGUUUAUUAUAGUUAAUAGGAAUACACGGAUAACAAUACUCUGAUCGACAGUCUAAGCAUCCACAGAUCAAAAACUGUACAUACUUGUAAUAAAAGGCGUAGCUGUUUUUUCACUUGAAAU